AUGGUAUAACUGUCGUAUGCGCGAUGUUGUUUUGACGGCAGAUGGCGCGACGGCCCUUCAUCACUCACCGUUGAUCGGAAUAUUCUGAUUGUGAAAAUUCAAAAUGCUAUUGUCGAUUGUCGCCAACGGGCAACGGUCUACGACUCUUAAACUUCAAAGUCAAAACGGAAAGACUUCGAUUUCGCGCACGGUUAGGUAUUGUGAUUUCGCGUUACUCUGAUCUAAGUAUUAAAAUUGCCAUUCGCCGACUCACCGUGAAACUAUUUGUUUGUUUUGUCAGCCUUUGAUCCAAAAUGCCACGUACCAAGAGAAGAACCGUCAAGCGUUCGUCUGCCGACAUGAACAUGACAUCUGUGAAUGCAACGAUGGCCAACCAAUCGAAAAAUAUGAAAGAAAUUUUAAGCGAAUUUGAUUGUGAAAAACAAAAUAUUGAAGAUUAUUUUUCUGAAAUAUUUGAUAACCAAAGAAAUUUAAUUGAAAAUUCAUUUUUAAUGACAAAAAUGAAUUUGGGCGACUCAUUACAUUGUAAUCUUUAUGACAUAAUUUGUAAACAGUAUCCAUCCAAAUCCAACAGUGGAACUAAAAAAAACCUGGAACGACCUUCAAGGCCAGUUACCAAAGCUACAGUAAAUAGGACAACCAGACAAAAAAGUACGUCUAGUUCAACAUCUAAGACCAAUGGUUCUGCCACUGUAACAAAACACCGUAGUGCAACACGCCAUGUUGAUGAUAAGCCACUGCCAACAGAAACUAUGGAAUCUAGAUUUAAAACUCCAAUUAAUCGACUACCUGUACUUGCUUCAGCAACAGUUACACCAAAAGUAAAUAUGCAUGAACCAAUAUCAAUGAUGCGGCGUCCAAAUCAAGGAGAGGUUGCACUUUCAAUGACUGGAAGUCCGCUCAUGGUUUCGUCUGUUUCUAGGGAUGACAUGGCCACAGUUAGUGUACCAUUAGCCAAUGGAAAUAUUCUUUCAAUAUUACCUAGAGCUGGUGCUACUAUGGACAUAUCAUUUGAUGAACAGACUAAAAGUGAAUUACUUCUUCUGAAAGGUAACAUUGAAGGGCUGUUGAAAAUGAAUAGAGGUUUGUGAGUACACAAUAAGAAUAUAUUUUCUACUGAUCUGGAAAAACCACAGAAGAUGUUAACUAUACAAUGUAAUGACUACAAUAAUUUAAUAUUUUAAUAUUAAUUAGUAUAUUUUUCAAUAUUAAUAUAUGUUUUAGUUAUUAAUAAAUGAAUUUGCUCUACCCAAACCCAAAAUGAAAUAACAUUUACUAACAAUAUUCAGACCAAAAAAAAAAAAAAAA